AUGUCAGUGUCACUGCGCGGCUGCAGAGCCAGAGAGAAGGAACCAGAAAAGUCAUUCUGGCUCGAGUUCCAGGUCUGCAGCGACGCCCACUACGGCCACCAGGCGCCCCGGCCUGCUGCUGCGGCCGCGGCCGCCCCAGCCACAUUCACAUGCUUCGGUGACCUGCCCGUGGAGCUGCGGCUCAAGAUCUGGGAGCACCUCCUGCAGCCGCGCGUCGUGAUCGCGGCCUGCCUGGACGAGGAAAACGCCGCCGACAAGCGGGCACAGCUGGCCCGGCGGCCCAGCCUGCCCGCCACGCCGGUGCUGCUCCGCGUGUGCCACGAGGCGCGCGCCGUCGCCCUGCGGCGCUACGAGCGGGCCUUUGCGUGGCGCGUGCCGGCGAUGCUGGUGCGGCCCCGCUCGGCCCCGGCGCGCGUGUGGUUCGACUUCUCGCGCGACACGCUGCUGCUGCUGGGCGAGCUGGAGCCCUACGACAGCAGCAACAUCAACGCGCCCAUGGUCUACUUCCUCGACCGGGCCGACGCGCGCCGCGUCAGGCACGUCGCCUGCGCCUUCGAGGAGCUGCGCUUCGGCGAGGUCGAGAGCGAGCAGAUAUUCGGCUGCCUGUUCCACGUGCUCGACUCCUUCACGGGCGCCGGGCGGCUGCUCAUCACCAGCACCGACGACGACCUGCGGACGCACACCAUGAUCGGGUGCCUGCCGAGCUCUACCGACAAUGUCGUGCAGAAGAUCUGGUGGGCGUGGAUCAACGGCACGAGUAUUGUCACCAGCAGGAUGAGGGACCGGCAAAUUCUAAUGGUGAGGGAGGACGGUCUUGCGGAUUUCGUUGCCGAGCAUAUCUAA